UUUAUUUUCCUUCUCCACAGAGCGGCCGCGAUACAGGACGGCGUACGCGUGUGAGGGCUCGACGCUCAACAUGGACUGCGACCCGGGACAUGUGAUCAACCUUAUCCGAGCCAACUACGGCCGCUUCAGCAUCACCAUCUGCAACGAGCAUGGCAACACUGAGUGGUCCGUCAACUGCAUGAGUCCCCGCUCCCACAGAGUCCUCCACGAUAAGUGUAGUCAACGGCAAAACUGCAGCGUCGCGGCGUCCACCAGGGGCUUCGGCGACCCGUGCCCAGGUACACUCAAAUACCUGGAGGCCCACUUCCAAUGCGUACCAGUGAACCCGCCCUCACACACGGCCCGGCCCCGCCCGCCCUGGUUCAUCGCCACCGUCAGCUCCAUCACUGAGGACGACCCACCUCUCCCCUCGCCCCCGGCCAAGGGAGGGGCGGCCGGGGCGGGGGUCGGGACAGGAACAGGCGUCGGGGGUACACAGGCGAACGACGACAGGGACGCAGGUGACAGGGAGAUUGGAGGAGGGCGGAAAGAAGGUGCCGCAGAUGACGAUGAUGAUAGCUCCCUGAACCUCGAGAACAGAGUGAACGGGACGCCCAUCGAGGACCUGCCGCAGACCACGACGUCCACCACCACCACGCUGCGUCCGCCCCCGUGGCUCAUCACCAACACGACGAAGAACACCACCACGUCCACCACCACCACGACCACAACGACGACUACCUCCACCACAGCCAAGCCAGCCUCGUCCUCCACCACGACCACCGCCCAGCCGCAAACGAACUUGGAGGCGCCGUCUGGGUCUGGCGGCGCGGCGGGAGAGCAUGGCGAGGGCGUGAGUGGCGACGAGGCCUCCACCAGUAUAGGCGUCAAGAGUCCUGAGAGCCCCGACAGUGAGCAGUUCCCAACGUCCACAGUCUCCACCACGACCACGUGGGCACCCCGCGCCGAGGUGCCGUCCACGGGCGGCGGCCCCGUGGGCAGCGAGGCGUCGUGGUGUCCGCCCACAUCGGGCCGUGGCCUCACUUGGAACUGGACCCAGGGCGGGGAGACGGCCGUGCAGCCCUGCCCCGGCGGUGCCUCGGGGUGGGCUCGGCGGCCAUGUGACUCCCAGGGGUGGGCGGGCGCGGCAGACUUGAGUGAAUGCCGCAGUAUGUGGCUCUCCACCCUCACCUCGCGGGCCCACACCAACGAUGCCGUCCUGGCCGUGGCCCACGACCUGGCCAGCGUCACGGCCUCGCGGGCACUGUACGGCGGCGACGUGACGGCCACGGCGCGGCUUCUUAACAGCCUGGCGCGGCGCAUGGCCAAUGACGUGAUCGACUUCCCGGACGUGGACCAGCGCGAGGCCAUGGUGACGGAGCUGGUCAACAUCGCCGUGGCCACGGGCUCCAACCUUGUGGGCGGCCAGCAGGCGGCCUGGGCUGACCUUCGGCCGCUGGAGCACCGCGCGGCGGCCACCUCGCUGCUGCUGGGACUGGAGGAGGCGGCGUUCCUUCUGGCCAACAACCUGCACCACGAGAAGACCGUCCGGCACGCCGAGGCCAACAUCCUGCUCCGACUUCAGGUGAUGGAGACCCGCAACGUGGAGUCCGUGACCUUCCCUUCGGCGGGGGAGAUGUGGCUGACGGACAAGCCCACGCCCUCCAGUGACCCCGCCUCCACGCCCACGGGUUACGGCCCCUUCACCACCACGGGGGAGCAGGACGCCUCACAGCCCUACCCGAGUGAAGACAUCCUGCAGGACCUCGACGGGGAGACGUAUAAGAUCCCGCAGGAUACCAUUACGCUUCCCCCUGAGGCCCUACUAGAGAACUCGGAGAACGGGUUGGUCAAGAUGGUGUUCUUCAGCUACGACGGGCUCCACCACCUUCUGCAGCCCGCCCGACGCACCUACACCCCCAGCGAGGCCAACUUCAAGGGUGUGAACGAGACGCGGGUUCUCAACUCUCGCGUGCUCUCCGCCUCGCUCGGGGCAGGACGGCACAUCGAGCUCUCAGAACCCGUCGUGCUUACCUUCGCCAUGCUGAGGACCGUGAAUGUGACCAACCCCGCGUGUGUGUUCUGGGACUACACCACCAGCUCGUGGUCUGAGGAGGGCUGCCGCGUCCUUCGGUACAACACGUCGCACACGAUAUGCCAGUGCGACCACCUCACCAACUUCGCCGUUCUGAUGGACAUCCACGCCACGCCCAUGAGCUACCCGCACCACCUCGCCCUCUCCAUCAUCACCUACGUGGGCUGCGUCAUCUCCAUCGUGUGUCUCCUCCUCGCCACCAUCGUCUUUCACGCCUUCAGGGGCCUCAAGAGCGAUCGCACGACCAUCCAUAAGAACCUGUGCGUGUGCCUGUUGAUCGCGGAGACUGUCUUCUUGGCGGGAAUCAACCAGACGGACAAGCCGGUGGUGUGCGGGGUGGUUGCCGGCCUCCUGCACUUCUUCUUCCUCGCCGCCUUCGUCUGGAUGUUUAUGGAAGGGUUCCAGUUGUACGUGAUGCUGGUGGAGGUGUUCGAGGCGGAGAAACCGAGGGCGCGCUGGUACUACGCCGCCGCCUAUGGGUUCCCGGCGGUGGUGGUGGCUGUGAGUGCCGUGGUGGACCCCUUCAGCUACGGCACCACGGAGGUCUGUUGGCUCCGCACCGACAACUACUUCAUCUUCGCCUUCGUCGGCCCCGUCAUCGCUGUCAUCAUUGCCAACUCUGUGUUCCUGAGCAUGUCCCUCUUCAUCAUGUGUCGCCACGCCAACCUCUCCAGCUCGCUCAAGAACAAGGAACACACCAAGCUGGCCUCCGUCAGAGGAAGACACGAGAAUGCCCUCUUCGCCAAAAUCAAGAACCAUGUGACGUGGGUUCGAGGCGCCGUGGUGUUCAUGUUCCUGCUGAGCCUCACGUGGGCCUUCGGGUUGCUGUACCUCAACCACGCGUCCAUGGUGAUGGCCUACGUCUUCACAAUCUUCAACUCACUGCAGGGAAUCUUCAUCUUCAUCUUCCACUGCAUCCAGAACGACAAGGUGAAGAAGGAGUUGCGUAGGGCAGGGCGACGCCACCCAUGGCUGCGGGCGUGUCUCUGUGCCGCCGCCGACCGCUCUCAGGCCAGCAAGGACACCCGCUCCUCCUCCCACAAUGUCGGCUCCCACUCACAGCCCAACUCGCACGCCUCUCACACACUUGUGCCACGACUGACAACCGGUCGUUGGACACGGGGGGGCAGCAAGGGCAGCACGACAACCUCAUCCUCCCAGGCGGGGGCAGUGCCCCAGGCGCCAGCCACUGCGGGGCCACUAAGGGCGGGCUCCCUCUCCCGGGGCUCAGUGUCCCGGGGAUCCCUCUCCCGCACCCCUCAGAGGAGCAGCAGCGGCCGCUUGGCUCGCCACCACCACACUCUUCAUGCUCGCACCGCAGCACACGACCACGAAGAUGAGAAGUACUCGUUUAAGUCCUGUGGCCGAGACAGUGGACACGGAGGCUCGGAGCAGGAAGACUCUCCUCGCACCGGCCCCACCCCAAAGCUCUCCUCCCUCCGCCUCAACAACAACGUGGUGCCACACCUCACCCAAGACCACCUCGUUAACCCCUUCUCCACCGCCAACUCCUCCACCACCCCGGCUGGUGACAGCAUCAAUGGCAAUGGCCACAACCAGCCUACUUCUGGACCUGAGGCACUGCUGCCUGACUACCACCUGGCAGGAGAUGCCCCCACCCUGCGGCUGCCCUGCUCCACCACCGCCUCCCGUGGCCACCGCACCCACUCUCCUUGGAACCACACCUACACUGAGAUCCCUGACGGUGUGGCCGCUGCCCGCCAGGCCCCGUUGGAAAACGGGUCAGACCCUGUCUAUGAGGAGAUCGAGCGAGAGGGACGGUCAGAGCUGCAGGUGAGCGACUUGAGCGAUGAGGACGGGCGCCGCCACAGCUCAGACAUCUCCCGCCAGUCAUCCCGCAGCUACGGGGACCACCGGCCGCUGCUGCCCUACACCCUCCCUGACCGACACUCGGCCCCACACCAACACCAGCCCCAAUACGACCCCCGUCUCAAGGGCCGUAUGCGCCACCAGGACAUCAUGGACAACCCCCACAACCACACCCUCCCCGGCAACCGUCUGGGACUGGGGGGACAGCUGGACCACACCAUAGUCAGUCCCGGCCACAUCCUUCCCAUGACCCACGCUGCCGUCACCUCAGCUCACGCAAUCCCUCACGGAAAUGGCCACAUUGCCUCCCACCAGUACAUGGAUGGCGGGCCCCACUUAGUGAACAGUGGACAGCUGAUUGACUCGGUCCCUCAGUACAGCCAGGCCAUGCUGGCCACUCUGGGACACUCCCUUCCCGUGGUUCACCCCCUCAGCGAACCAAACCUACGUAACUGGGAGGCAGCACAGAGGCAUCGGGACCUGCAGCAGCUGCAGCAGUUGGGUGAAAUGACAGUAGCGGUGCUAAGUGGUGAGCAGGUGGUGUGCAAGCUGAAGCCUCCGCUGGCUCCCAUUGACGAGAACACAGGGACCGCCCAGGUGGAGCGACACCCUCCUCCCCCAACGUACAGCCACUGCUAGGGCCUCUGUAUAGUCAUAGUGAUGUACAUAUGUGUAUAGUGCUUUAAAACCCAUUAAAGGCCUUUAUGCUUCAUGAAUGUAGGUGUGUGCAAGUGACAAAUCAUACUCAUGAUAAUCAUUACAGUGGAUAAUUUACAUUUAGAUAUCGAUAAUCAUGUGGAUCUGAGUGUUGCAAAUUCCCUCGAGGACACAGCGUGUGUGCGUGACUUGAGCGAGGAGCCGCGAGCCCACCACCCUAGUCAGACCUUCAGCAGGAGGACUCCACCACCAAGCACAAGGGAAGAUAAGGAAAAUGCCAAGAUUUUUCUGCACCUUUUGACGAGGGUUGUGAUAAGCCCUUCUCAUGUAAAUAGUAGAACAGUCUCAAAAAGUGUCCAGAAAACCUUUGUAAAGUUAUAAACAUGGAAUGUAAUAACAAAUGACUAUGGUUGUGAGGAUUUGCCAAGAUCCUGCCAGUGACUCCUCCUGCUGGAGAGCCAACCUACCAGGAACACUGUGGACCGGAGACCUGAAGUGGGUGGCAGUGGUUCCUUUGCGUGGAUGUAUUUAUUGCACAUUUUAUGAAAGUAAUGUUGUAGAUAGGCACAGUAAGGACACUAAAGUAAACAGUAAAAUUAUUGAUCAAGUUUCUCUUGGUGAUGAUUGGAGCAAGUGUAAGGAAUUCAGUUCUGAGGCAACACAGUAAAGCAGUGAUGCGGCUGAGCACAUUAUUAGACUUGGUUUUCCGAUAUUUUGAGUUUGCAAGGAAUAAAUCAUCCAAGUUCAGGCAUUUGGGGGCAUCCCGAUACCAUUCAGAUAUCAACAAACUUUACUGUCCACAAGAAACUGAUCACAAAACCUUUGAUAGCAAGGUUUUUGUUGUUUUGUGCUUUUUAUUAUUUUUUUACCUGUAAGUGUAAAACAAUGUGAUAAAGAGUGGGAGAAGAAUAGCUUGGCACCAAACUCCUGAGCUCGGUGUGACUUAGGCCGUGCGUCCAUCCCCACACCCAUGAUUUGCUGCCCAACCCAGCAACAUUCUCAAGGAUCUGUCAUGUUCAUGAAUCCUAACAGUGCUUGUAUUUUGCUUCUCAGUUGUGCAGUUUUCUUUCAUAAGUGUUCUCAUUUUUUUUAUUCUAACAUUACCUAAAAAACAUAAUUUGUAAUGUAGAUGUCACUCCUUAGGCAUAUGUUGUUACUGUCUUGCUUUGUUUCCUAUUUUUUACUGGCACUUGUCGCUUACAGAGUUGUAGCAAUAAUGUGUUUCCUCACUCACGCAGAGACCCACCACCACCACCACCACCUGAUGUGAGGUUCUUGCUCUAGGUUCAAGUAUCAACAGUACUUUAGUUAGUCAGCCAUAAGUGUUCUGUUGAUAUAUGAUGAAGAGUAUCAGAGAUGGCAACAAAAUCAAUAGGUUUAACAUGUAAUAAACUGAAAUUACCUGGUGACCAAUUCGAUGGGACUUUGGUAUACGAAUCAAACACACACACACACACACACACACACACACACACACCUAACCUGGAACAGACUAAGUGAGGAUGUAGUAUCGGCGAAGAGUGUGCAAAACUUUAAGAAAUUGGACAAAUACAGAUACGGAGACGGGACCACACGAGCGUAAGCCCAGGCCCUGUAAAACUACACACACACACACAAACACAGAUUCAGUUUCAUAGUUUUGUUCCUAAUCAAGCGUUAUGAGGUCUAAUUUUGCGCGUGUAGCCACAAGAGGAACUGGAAAUCCCGGAUGCUGAGUGUGUCCACCGUCUAACUUACAGUAAAGCAAAACUUCCACUGGCUUACAUAUAUCUGUGCCUCUCAUGUGUAGUCAUUGUAUAGACUCAACUCUGUUUUGUAAUAUUUUGUAUGUAAACUGUGAUACAUGUAUUAAAUGAACAAGAAUCUAUCGCCAAAUUGAUAUCAAAUAAAUUAUUGUGAAAUG